UGUAAAUGUGAGGCGUUUCCUUAACGACCAACUUACGAACAUCCUCGGCGAAUUCUUCGCCUUUCAUAAGACGCCUGAAUUCAAGCCAAGCUCGGCCACUAUGCAGGAGCUGAACAGGGCUGUUAAAGAAGAAAAAGACAACCACACUCUCAAGACGCGUACAUCUCGACAAAGUUUUCCAUGA